AUGCAGGCGUGGUUUACCCAAAACAAAAAACAGACGGGACCGCCAGUGUCGCGGCCUGUAACAGAAGGCAGAAACGACUUUAUCCAACCUGGUGUUCACACCGUUACCCAGUCUACCAAGUUGGACGGGCCUGCUGACCGACCAUCAAAUCCGUCGGGGGCCCCACCCCAAGUGGGUUUGCGAGGCAUUCAAAAGCUAAAGAAUAAAUUCGUGGACAUAGGUUUCCGUCCAGAAGAAAAUAUCCGGACUUUCGAGGGCGCCUUGGAGUAUUUAUUUUUGGACCUCCUUAGAACAGCUUCUGGCGGCUUAUCGGGAUCUUUUUCCCUUACCCGUGAAGCCUGGUUUUGA